CAGACCAUCAUCGAUGAGUACCGCCACAUGCAGAAGCGCCUUAACGCCUUGCAGCCAUCCACCAUCGAGCUAGCUGCCGUCAAGCACCUAACCCAAGACAUGACCGCUGCUGAGCGUCUCAGUCGCAACCGCUCAGCACGGCGAGCUGCAACCGACCUGUCAGCCGUGGAGCACAUCAAUCGCAUCUACCACAUGCACCGACGAAUCGAGGAGCACUACUCGCGCACCGAGCGGCACCAGGACCCCUGGGACCCCUCCGCGCACCCCGUCUACCUGCGCCGAAACACACACGCUUACCAGGACAUGCUAAAGGAGGAGAUUGCCGCCUGGCGCCCCACCUCCGCACCCGCUUGGGCCCGCAGCGAGGCCCACCCCUGCGUGGGAACUGAAGCGAGCAUGCUGGGAGCAGGAGGGGCGGCAGCCGUGCAUGGAGGAGGAGCGGCGGCAGCACGGGGCCGGUGUGCCUCCGCGGGUCGCAAGCCGGUAACAAGCUGUGGUGGAGGAGGAGGAGGAGGAGGUGCACUGUCGCCUCCCUGCCGCCCCCGCUCCGCCCGUGCUGCAGCCCGGCGUGGCGACUCGUACGCGGGGUGGAGUGUGGGCCAGUCGCUGCCCGCCUCCUUCCCCAAGUCCAGCUACUCCGCUGCGCUGGCCACCGCGGACCGCGCCGCCUACCGCUCCGCGCUGCUGGGCGAGGUGCUGUCCGGGCGGCUGUACCGCGAGGCCGACCUGCGCCGCCUGUUCGCCGCCUACAUCCGGCUGGCGCCGCUGGGGGACCGGCGCGUGGUGGAGGAGGUGGUGGGGGAGCUGAAGCGGGAGCUGGACGUGAGGGACUGAGAGGGAGGGGGGCUGGUUCCGUUAAGCGUGCUGUGAUGUUAAGUCGGUGUUUUACCGUACUACUUGCUGUGCAUGCAUGAUACCUACCGGCAUGCAAGACAUGUUAUGUGGCUGCUGCUGCUGUCUUCUUGAGACGCACGGGAGCGCAUGCUGGUGGCGUUCGUGGCAGUUUGGUCUGAAGCUAGGGACAACUGUGGAUCCUCGGCUUCUCCCAUGCUGGCGGUUGGUUAGUUGGUUGGCGGUUGCCGUACAAGGCAACGCCCAGGAAUCGUAAGGCCCCAGCCCAGCCGUGUGUGCGGUAUUGUGUUCUAAUGAGCCGUAAUGUUAUUGCUGUACAGUUCCCUGCUGCUGUCCUUGCUGUACAAUCCUGUUGGGGCAGCUGUUGCUGCUCCUGAGGGCCCUUUAGCUGUCACUUUAGACGGUGAUUGCUGCGAGGCAAUCGCACCGCACUGCACUUUGGACCCCAGGACUAACUCUAUUUAUUUAUUUGCGGUGUGGGAUAAAAAGAGAGGAAACAACAACUAACUGACCGUGUGAUAAGGCGGGCGUCAUCAUGGUUUGCAACAUGUGGUUUGCGAAGUGGUGUGGUAAAGAGUAAUAACUACUAACUGUCGGGACUGACCGUAAUUGCGGUGGGGUGGUGAGGGGGUGGGUGUUUCGGAGCCCGCCGCAUAUGAUCUUGUACAAUAACCGGAGGUUUGCGUGGGGCCGGGGGGGGUGUCAUGGCUCCAUACAUGUCUGUUUGUUUCCGUUCUGUUUCUUGCUCUUGAAGUGUUCAUUCAUCUUCUUUACUUUCUAGAUUGCUUGCGAUGCGCGUACACAUCUUCAGGCCGGGUGCUUUGCUUGCCGAGCGGCGGGCAGUACCCGCAGUACGAGUGGCACUCAUCGUUGGGAUUCUUGGGAAGCGGUGCACGACGUGUAUCGUGAUACUGACAGCUGGUCGCGCAUAGAAACGUUACAUGGGUACAGCCGUUAUAUGGUUACCGACGUUACCAGGGGCACACUACUCCCAGGAGUCAUAAACUUAUAAUGGAGGUGGUCCUUACUAGGACAUUUUGAUCAUGGGAGGCCGUCGUACACACGCCCAAUUUGCCAUAUCCUGUUACCGUAAAUUGCCGUCCUCAG